GCGACGGCGAUCACGGACAAGGACCCGAAUACAGGAGCUUGGAAGUUGGGUAGGACAGAAUAUACGAUCCAACGGAAUAGCCCAUCCUUCCAGCGUGGGAGAGGCAAGACGAAAGAUGUCGGCGAGCUCAAGACGAGGCUGAAUAUGCAUACGGAAGCGACGACUCCGGUUGGGACGACUCGACAACCGAUCACCCCGCCAGACGAGUCCGAGUUGGACGGGAUGUUCAGUUUACGAAGAGAUAAAGGAAAGGGGAAGGCUACUUUGAGCCAGGUGGUUCGCGGGGAUCGGGAUUUAGGUGCGGGUCUGGGUUCGACUGAGGGAGAGGGUGAGGGUGAGCAAGAAGGUCGAUUUGGAAGUAGGGAUAGGCAUGAGAUCGGAAACGGAGGUGGAGGUGGGGGGUUUCCGGAGGACGUGGCGGAUAGUCAGGAUGAUGACGAGGCGGAUCAGAAUGGGAAUGCGGUCGUGGAAGAAGAAGAACAAGACGAGGACAUAUUCAGGCCCAAAAGGUCUAGGCGUAAUCCCAUCCCUACAUCUGAUCACCCAAUCCCAAUCCCGAUCCCGUUGAUGGAUGAGAUGCAAGAAUCGAUCUUGUUCCUCGGACACAGGAAUGCCACCCCCUCAGCUUCAACCUCGACCUCGAAAGCGAAACCAAACAGGAGACCCAGUCUCGGCUCGAUAUCGGGUUCUGCCUCCAAGCCGGCAAGGACCAGCCAGGGACCGACCGUACAGACCAAGUUGUCUGAGUUCCUCAAACCUCGAGAUCCUCCGGUGGACUCGGCUCGACCGAGGCCGAAACGAGUGGCGGGUAAGAAGAAGGAGGCUGAAACGGAAGCCGAGAUGGAAGAGCCUGCAGCGGAAAUCGGUAUUCAAGCGGUGACCGAUGACGCCGCAAGGGCAUCGAGCUCGAAUUCAAAGAAGAAGAAGACGGCGAGACGAAGCACUAUCAUGGAAGAUCAACAGGGAGCUAGACGGGUCUUGUUGAACGUGGAAUCGCAGGAUAUCGUGCCGGAUUCGCAGACGCUGGAUACCGAAUUGUGGAACAGGUUACCUCUCGAUAUGAACGCGGAACCGGACGCAAUUAUGACUUCGAGUCGGGAAGCAGACCCUCCACGGGAUCCGAGAUCAGAUACGGGGGAAGACCUUGAUCAUCCCAUCGAGGUGUUUGAUGAAAGCAUGGUUCCCCAAGCCAGACCAGCCAUCCUCGAGUUAAGGGUUCCCGAGCCGACGGUACAGACAGAGACACCGCAUGAACCUUCAUCAGACUCAUCCUUGAGGGGCGAGAGCGACGAUGAGUUGCAUUCGCUGGCUUACCGAGAACAUCUUCGACAGGAGGCCUCCAAGAGGCAGAUCAACCGGACUAGUGGGACCGCGCAGGACGAUGAGAGUUAUCGGCCGCUCGGGUAUGUCAGGGCUCCGAUGAGAGGGAGGAGAGUACCAAUCGGGGCUGGGAUGAGGGCGAAGAGUGGGCUGCGAGCGAUGGUCAUGCAUGAGGAUGAUGAUGAGGACGAGGUCGCGGAGCAUUCCGGAACCAGUGGCAAGAAGCAACGAGCGUUACGGUCGACGAGAUCGAAAUCUAGAGCGAAGUCGACCGAACAUCGCCUUACCAACGGAUCCCGUCGAUUGGAUGAGGAGGACGCGGACACUGAUACGGAACAACCCGUACAGAGCGUUGAGACAAGUGAAUCGGAUCUCGCCGAUGCUGCAAGGGCCGCUACGGAAAAGGCUCGUCUGAGUCGGACAACGUCAGGCGGUUCAAGUCAUACCAGUGUCACCCAAGGAUUAGAUGCUAGUAGUGAUCUCACACCAUUGCCGUCCGAGUACGAGGAGGAAGGUCCCGAUAUCCUGGAAGUCGAAUUACCUGAAGAAUUGCGCUUUUCGCCAGAUCAUCACAACGUUCGGGCUAUUGCAGAUGAUGACGAAGAAGUUACUCCGAGAAGACCGACCAGGCGCAUGGUCAGGAUCGAGAGCCAUGAAGAACAUGCGCCGAGGGAUGCCACGGAGGACGAUCUGGAUGCCGGCGAGAUCGGCGAGGUGACGGUCAUACCUGAAACGGCGCGAAUGUCGGGAAUAUACCCAACGGUGGACGAUCUCGAGAUGGCGUUCGGUAGCGCACCACGUAACGCGGACGAGACGAUGCCAGCUACCUUUGAUAUGGACGUGGAUGACGAUGUGUUCGCCGAGGACAUCCCUGCUGAUGUCGGUGUGUCAACCAUCCCUCAGUCCUGGGCGCAUGAAAUGCAGCCUAGUCUUCUAGGUCGGAUUGUGGGUUCCAUCGGAAAUCGACCAGAAACUGUCGCUCCUGCGGAUGAUGGCCCUCCCAGUUUGAGCGGCAUGCCUCACGAGGCUCGAUCGACGACACCGGUUCCUUCCAACGAGCGUUCUGCAGAUCUUCGCACGCCACCUAGACAACCCAGCGUGCGCUCUCAGCGGGAGCCUACAACACCUUCCACGCCUUAUCGUCCAGUUGCCAAAGCGGUACAAGCACUGAGAACUCCACAUCGUGAACCUCUUCGUGAUAUAGGAUUCACCGUCCCUAUUCUCGGUCAACCUCGCACACCCAUCGGACCCUCUUCUACUAGGAAAUUUAUAAACCGAUCGCCGCAAUCACCUGUCACACCCAGCAAGAUUACCCCGGCUCGAGCCUCCCUACAGAGUCCGAGGUCAGCGGUUCGCAGCCCUGCAGCUAAACACGAGGAAUGGGUCGACAACGCCGAAACUUUGGCGACUUGGUCUCCCGCCAAGUACGAAUCUUUUUACAGCCUGCAACCUCCGCUCGCUGGCGGGACUUCUCUUCGACAAGCUUUUGAAGAGACCCUUCGCAAGGAACCAGCGAUCAUGCCUCUUAUACGACCAAACUCAUCCCCCCAAAAGUCUGCCAGCGAUGAUCCUGUACUUGGCAACGAACCAUCAUCCGAUUCUGCACUACGCUCAGACGACACCGAGGCUAGAAACAGCCUGCGAUCGGACGGGUCCGCUGGUCACAAACGAAAACUGGCGGGCAGUGAAGAUGGUACAAUUCCGGGAACAUUUCAAAACAGCGACCCGAGUUUCCAUCUUUUGCAAUCCGUCCCGCACCCUGGACCUUCCAAAAAGCGUGCGAAAUUGUCUGAACAGGAUGUACACGAAAAGACAAAGAGCCGCUUGAUAGACCCGGAAACGACCCCUAAGCCAGCCGGUCGCGCUACUCAAGCCGUCGGACGAACGCCAGUGCUGGACCUACAAAAUCCUAUGGCUGUCGAGGAGGAUGCCACGCCACGCUCCAAGAAGAAGCAUACGAGCCCGAAACUCUUCGAAUCGGUGGCGAAUGCGUGGUGGGGCGUCGAGCAGGACCAGGAAGACGAUCCAUCAGGAGCUCCACAGGGACCGUCGAAGCCUUCAAAGACCAAAAAGCACAGUGAUGGAAAGGAGCAGACUUCGUUGCAAGCUUUCGGCUAUUCGAGGCAGCGCAAGAAAAGAGAACCUGAACGCACUUUGCUGAAAUACGACUGCGACUUCGAGGAUGAGGAAAACCUCGACCUGGAUAUGGCCGAGAUGGAUGAACCGGGAAGGCUCGUCGAUGAGGGUGCGGUCGUUGCUGCCGCAGAGGAUGAGGGACGAUUAAGCCAUGUGCCUCGACCGCCUGUGGACCCAAGAUUGCGAGGACAGGGCAGAAGGCUGGCGCAGGAAAAGCUGGACAAGGAAGAAGCCGAGGAAAGAGAUAGGCGUCGAGCUGUGCCACUGUUGUCUGAACCCAGACCGAGCAUCGAGCCUAUUCAGGCUGAGCCGCGCUCGCACCCGCACGAAGCGCGAAUCUAUAGCAUGGAAGAUCUCGAGGCCAUGGAAGGCGAUCCCGAGGUGGUGCCAAGCUCUCAGUACGGCGAGAAUCUGUCGCCACUUCGAAGCCUCAGCUCGUCUGGGAAAAGGAGUCUGGACGAUGGAUCGAGUUUCAGAACGAUGGAACCACCAGGCGAGGAGACGCAAAUGUGGUGGAAGGCGAUGAACGACAUGAGUCGUGAUUGAAACGUGCACGAGGUGUUGAAGGAGCGGCGGCCUGUACGUUGACGACAAUGACGAACACUGUAUCUAGCGCUUUGUAUAAUGAUAGGCGGAACCGCCCUCCCUGGAUUGUCGGUAUAACGAUCAGUCAGCGAAAGCUGACAACGAUAGUGUCACCAUUGGACUGUAAUGGCUUUGACCACCUGUCGGAAGCAUAUCCAUUUAGAGUUUGAGGCCGGUGAUCUUUUCGGCUCCGGCCGGAUGAGUGAUCGGUCAUCAGCUAUCGAUCCAUGAAUUUGCGUCUGAGCUCUAAUGUAUACGAUAUACGCAUCGACCC